AAUCAAAAACUCGAAAAAUAUUCGAUUCAAAUAACAAACAAAAGAAAAACCGCAUUGAAAAACACUUCGUUUAAGAAAUCUAAUCAAAAAUUAUAAAACUUGAAUACAAUUUAAUAAAUAUUUAAAUGAAUUCGAGAAGUGCUGAAUUAUGUUAAAGUCUGUAGUUUUGUGACGCCGCAAACUCCAUUCUGGGAGAUAACAAAAAAUGGAUGAAAAGUACCAUGAAAUAAAAGAUUUCUUCAAUUAAGAAAAUAUCUUUUCAAUUUCUCAAUUUCUUCUGAAUGAAAUUAAUAAAAGAAACAAAAUUUGAGAACUACAAUUUGAUGAACUUUCUCCAAAAACUAUCGAAUCGGAGAUACAAAUAAAAUAUCACAAACCUGCCUGCCUCAAUCAUUGGCAACAUAAACCUAAUAGAACUAAAACAUAAAACAACCAAUUACGAAAGCAAAUGACACAAGGACAACAUCGGUAAUAAAUAUCCGAUUAAAAUAGCAAAUACAAAAAGAUCGGUCAUGAACAUCAAGAUCCAUCAAAGUCAUGGUAUUGUACGUAAGUGGUUAACCUAAGAUUAUCGUAAUUUGAUGCUAAUUCAUUAGCAAACUGCUGUAAAAGAAGGAGAAUUGCUGUUAAAAUUGUUUUUUUUUUUUCUUUGAUUAGUGUAUAAAAAUUUAAAAUUAAUUUUAUUUAUUCUAUGUAAGAACAACAUUUUAAGGCACACAAUAUUUUCUAAAUAAUUAAACAAUUCAAAGAUCAACAUUAUUUUAGAUUUAUUUAUAUUUAAGAAAUUUCAAAACAAUUUAUUUAUUAAUUUAUUCAAAUAUUAUUUAUUUAUUUAUAUAUUUUUUAACUAAUGAUAAUGAUUUCAAAUCGGUAAUUAAGUUCCAUAUUUGCAAUAAUAAUUCAUAAUCACAGUUGUGGAUUCUAUUUCAUGACAAAAAGCUAAACAGUACAAAGCUUUGGUAUACAAACUCGUAAACUAAAACUUAUAUUUAAACUAUCUUAUACUAUUGAGUGCUUCCAUUAAGUAUUUAAAAAUGGAGUGGACAAAUCAACAUACAUUUGUCCCCAGAGAAAAAUCAAUGAAUUUAGUACAUUUACUUAGAGAUCGCGAAAUCGGUAUCGAUCGUCGUUACAGUGUUCAUCGUCGAAAAUUAAAAGAUUUUGAUGCAGAUUUUUUCAAAUGUAUAACACCCAAUCUAACCAUUGCCAAUGUUGAGAAACAUUUCAAUUUCAUACGAAAAUUCACUCCCGAUGGCAAAUAUUUGAUAUGUUUUUCCAGAGAUCAACAAUCUUUUGAGAGUUAUAAAUUCCUUGGCACAACAAGAGUCUGCCCCUUGUUGUACCACUGGAAAACUGAAUAUGUACCACCUGAUUGUAAUAACGGACUGGGUGGAUUAAUUCGACGAAAUAUAUUUAAUGAAUUAUUUCGAUUGCAUUGGUCCAUUCAAUUGAGUUCGACAUUUAUGCGUCCUUUAUACCGAGAAUUUAGUAUUUUUACCGAGGAUGGUAAAUAUAUUAUCAUAGCUAGUCAUACGCCAAUUGCAGAAGAACACCUACCAUCUUAUUAUACAAUGGGUUCAAUUAAUUGCAUGCAUUUCGAAUAUGAUUUAUUCUCAUAUCGGUUUUAUUUGAUAAGACUGCGAGAUGGUUCAGUCAGUGAUACCAUGGAAUUUCAAUAUGAUUUUAUCAAACUAUCACACAAUCAUGGAGUUUCGUUGAAAGGCAACUUGAUGGUUGUAGUUUCAUUGCUUCAUCAAACAAUCAAUCUAGUCAAAUUGAAAGAUGGAAAAUUCAUAAGACUCAAUACACUCGGAGUUUAUCCCCAUGGAACCGAUGAAUGUUUGUGCAAACAUGUCCCCGAAUAUGAAAAAUGCUGCCAAACCCUAGACAAUGGACUAAGUGGUUUCAAACAGAAAAUCGUUAUCUUUUUGUAUAAUAAAGUUAUGAGUUACCCAAUCGAACAACGACCUGAAUUACUUAAAAUGUUUUACCAAAGAUUAUACAUUUACGAAGCUAUGCAAAUUUAUAAAUUGCAAUUUCUCGAUGAAGAUCAUUUGCUAAUACGCUAUGACUUGCACAAACAUCCUGAAGUCGAAACAGCUAUUGCACAUAAGUUUUUUGUUCUCUAUAAUCUGCCAGAAGAUGAAAUAAUAAAAAUUUCAGCUGAAAAUGCUUUUGAUUUGCUAUUGUAUUUUGUUUAUUGUUGUGAUACAUUUCGUGAUACACGUUCGCUAUUUACCGGACGUGCACCAUCUUCGUCGAGUAACAAUAUGCAAAUACGUUGUGCUCAGCAAAGAAUAAUACAUUCAUUUCCUCGGGGGUUUUUUGAUGCUGCCUAUCGUUUGCUACCACAAAUCCCAUUGGCAGUUCAAAGUUAUUCUGCUUCGCCUUAUUUAGAUUUGAAUUUAUUUCAUUAUGAUACACAAUUGGUAUCGGCUUUGGAAAGACCAAGAUACUCAAAUUGUGAACCGAUAAAUUUUAGCGAUCGUACAUCGAAAUUACUUUUAUUUCGCAUGUAUUUUGGUAUAUUUAAUUAUAUGGAUAAUAAUGUUCUACAACAACAAUAUCGUGGACCUGGUGGUGGUGGUACAGUUGGAGGGGGUGCUGCUGCUGCUGCUGGUGGUACAGCUGGAGGGGUAUCUGGUGGAGCAGUUGGAGGGGGUGCACCACCAUCAGCACCUAAAGAAUUGUUGGCUUUUGUAUUUCAUCCUAUUGAACCAUUUUUUAUAAGUGUACAAAAGCUUGAAAAUCGUUAUGUGACCAAUUUUCAUAUUCGAAAUGAAGGAACUAUACUUAGGAGAUGAUUGUUGCAUUUAGAUUUACGAUUUCUACUCAUUCAUAUAAUUUCGUGAAGUUGUGCUACAUUUUCAAGAAUUCAAUCUUUAUAACAAAGACGUUCAUAAAUUAGUAUUUCAAUGUGAAGCGUCAAUGUUGGAUAAUUAUUCCCACCGUACGUAAAUGAAAUGAAUAUUGCACACUUUUUGAUUUUAAAAUAUACUUUUACUUUUAUUUUAAUAAUUUUAAAUGUAUGACGGCGUCACUGUGCCGACUUGUUUGUUUUGAAUAAAUAUUUAUCUGACGAUACAUUUUCUCUAUGUCACCAUUAAAGACAUAUCUAUAAAAUCGCCAAUUUAGAAUAAGGAAUACUAUAUCAUUUUGAAAAAUAGGACCCGUACGUAAAAGAUCAUUUAAACUUUUACCAUUAGAAGAGUGACUUGAGGCAUUAAAUACCACCCGCAAUUUGGUAGUAGUGCUUUUGAGGUUUUAAAACGGCGUGAUGUGGAAGAUAAUAAGAUUGAACAUUGUCUUCAUCAAAUAAUUCAUAGGUUGAAGUAGGCGUCAUGUGAUUUAAAGUGAUAUAUUCUGCUAAAACCUUUUCAUAUUCUCCUUUGAGAGCAGGUUUAGCCAACAUUUUUCAUUUCGCAAAUAUUGUUGCAUUGCGUUGAAACGCGAGAAACCCAAAAGUGAUUCUUGCUAUUCACUGUCAAUUUCGUCGCAGCUAACUCUUUUAUUGUUGCCGUCGCGAAAUUUUCAAUAUCCGUGGUAAGGUUUUCGAAACUCUUCCCAAUUUUGUCCACCUCUUAACGUUAACGUUUUGAUAGGUUUACUGAGCCUAUCAAAAUUGGAAUUUGCCACCGUUAUCUGUUUCGUAAUUAAAUUGAGCGUUUCAUUUUCGUUGGUAUCCAAGUUGCUAAAUCUUAUCAGAAUCCUCUUUGUCCAUAGUUCCAAAGCCCAAUGGAAGAAAUGUCCAAUUGUUUCUAUGACUCUUUUUUUUUGUGUAACAAGAAUAAUCUAACUUUUUGUUUUAUUUGUUUUUUCUCGAACUAUAUUACAUUUAUAUUCGCGAGUUUAAAUAAAUAGAAAACGAGGUUCGCGGACCGGCUGCGCCAAUGUUAAAGUGUUAGGUUGAUAAGUACAAAAAACGACCGACUUCUUUGGAUGUUUUUAAAAGACCAAUCUUGUCGUGUCAUUUAGGUGAUUGCAAUUCCAAACAUUCGCAGAGAAUAAUGGCGACGAAAGACCAAUGUUUUUAAUCGUGAUUCUUAUAUAACAAUUUUUAAUUUUAAAAUUAAAUUCCGAUUAUAAUAGUAAUUUUAAUUUCUAGCGUUAUUGUGUAAAUGUUGGUUGCAAAUUCUUACAAGAAUGACCUUUCAUCGAUUUUUUUAAUCUUCGUACCUAUUGAAGAAAUUUGAUGAUUUAAUUUUUCGAAGGCUUCGCCUUGUAACUAUAAUUACUCUGAGAAACUUCACACACAUCUGUUUGACAUUGUUGAUUGAAAUCGUACAACAUGCUUUUUCACUCGAUGUUGGUUAUUAAUUUUGGGAACGCGUAUUGCAGCAUUAAAUUACAAAAAUGGGCUAUUUUGGUACCCAUUUGUAUAUUUUCUUUUUCUGUACACUUUACUUUCUAUGCUUAUUAUUUUGUAUGCUUUAUUUUUUUUUUUACUUUUUCUGUACACUUUACUUUCUAUGCUUAUUAUUGUUUGUAAGUUUUUUUUUUUUUAAUAGUUUUUCUUCGAAUAACUCUACUGACUUCAGCGCUGUAUGGUAUUCACUUAACAAAAAAGGCAAAAGGCAGAGAGCGAGAGGUUACUGCUGCACGGUUGCUAGCUAGCAUGAACCUAUAC